AUGGCUCCUUGCAAGCAUCUCAGCGCAGCUCUACUGCUUACAGCGGUGCCUGCAUGUCUCGCGUGGGGACCGCUCGGCCACUCAACGGUGGCUUAUGUCGCCCAGCACUAUGUCUCUACCGGGACAGCAGGCUUCGUCCAAGGUAUUCUCGGCACCGCUCCAGACUACAUGGCCAACGUCUCUUCAUGGCCCGAUGAGUAUCGCCGCACACCUGAGGGCGAUUGGAGCACCCAACUGCACUGGAUCGAUGCGUUCGACGCGCCACCGGAGUCGUGCGAGGUCGAGUUCAAGCGCGACUGUCCUCCAGAGGGAUGCAUCGUCUCCGCCAUCGUCAACAACACUCAGAUCCUGCUUGACAGUGGAUCGACCGAAGCCCAGCUUCUAGACGCCAUUCGCUUCCUGAUCCACUUCAGCGGUGAUAUCCACCAGCCUCUGCACACCGAGGCUCUCGAGGAAGGUGGCAAUGGCAUCAACAUCACCUGGGAAGGCGAGACAGCGAAUCUGCACGCAAUUUGGGACCGACAGAUCCCGAUCAAGGCGUCCGGAGGCGUCAGCGCCAGCGAGUGGGCUGAAGAGCUAAUCGGUCUCAUCGAAGACAAGACGUACAAUGUCAAAUCUUGGACCAAAGGCAUGAGCUUGAAAGAUCUCAAGGGUACGGCCAUGACCUGGGCGAAUGAUGCCAACGACUACGUCUGCACCGACGUGCUCCCUGAAGGACGCGAGGCCGUGGAGGCUGAGGGUGUGGAUCUGUCGGGCGCCUAUUUUGACGCGCACGGAGAGGUGACGAAGGAGCUCAUCGCAAGGGCAGGCUACCGCCUGGGCAAGUUCCUGAACCUCAUCGUGACGGGCUGUCUCGACGGCUGA